CAACUGCUUUCAGAAGACGACUCUUCCAGUUUUUGGCGGGAAACUUCACCAAAACCUCCAGCAGAUCAACUCUCUCUUUCUCUCUCAGCCUAGCAGUAGUUGUGCUUUAAUUUCGAGUGAAUUUGAGUCUUUGUCUAAAUCUGUGAUCUCCAAAAGGAAGGAGGCAAAUGCCUAGCAUAAGAGUCUGCGCUCUCUUCAGACCUCUGAGUUCGAAGGAAAAGUCCGACCACGGCGAUUCCACCAGCAUUCACGGCAUUGAUUCUGAUUCUUUUGUAUUCAAGGAUGAGAAGGAAGAGGAGACUGAGUUCCACUUCGACAAGGUGUUCUUUCAAGGAUCAGAGCAAGCUGACAUAUAUGAAUUCCUUGCAUUACCUAUAGUUAAAGGUGUUGCUAGUGGAGUGAAUGGGGCAAUUAUCACAUACGGACAGACAGGGGCAGGAAAGACUUACAGUAUGGAGGGACCAAACAUCAUUGACUGUGAUGAAAAACGAAAAGGUUUACUACCAAGAGUGGUGGAUGGGAUUUUCAAUGCUAUCAAGCCUUCAGAUGAUAAAAUCAAGUCCACAAUCAAAUUAUCAAUGGUAGAAAUAUACAUGGAGAGAGUAAGGGACCUUUUUGAUCUAUCAAAGGACAAUUUACUGAUCAAGGAGAACAAACUGCAGGGUAUAUUUGUGAAUGGAGUUACAGAGAUAUCCAUCUCAGAUUCUGUAGAGGCCCUACGAACUCUUUCUACCGGCAUAGCAAACAGAGCUGUGGGAGAAACUCAAAUGAAUAUGGCCAGCAGUAGAAGUCAUUGCAUAUAUAUCUUUGUAAUCCAGCAGGAAAUUAAGAAGGAGAGAAGGUAUGGAAAGUUGAUCCUUGUGGACUUGGCGGGAUCAGAGAAAGCAGAGAGGACUGGAGCUGAAGGAAGAGUCCUUGAAGAAGCAAAAACCAUCAAUAAAUCAUUGUCAGCUCUUGGGAACGUGAUAAAUGCAUUAAGCUCACCAGGGAAGGGGAACCACAUACCUUAUCGUGAUUCAAAGCUAACGCGGAUCCUACAGGAUGCUCUUGGAGGAAACUCCCAGACUGCAUUACUUUGUUGUUGCUCGCCUAGUCCCUCAAAUGCAUCAGAAACCCUUUCCACUCUACGCUUUGGUGCAAGGGCAAAGCACAUAAAGCAAUCAGCACAUGUUAGUGUAAAAGAAGAUGAAGAUACCAGCAUUCCUGCAGACGUGUCCUCGACCCAAAAUGAGUCUUCUGAGAGAAUAUUAUCAAAGUUGGCUGAGAGAUUGGAGCCAGAAGAUGUCCAACUACUUGAGCAGCUAUUCAUUCUGGAAGGAAUUUUCUUUAAUCCCAACUCAGUGGAAGAAGUGGAGUCAGCUUAUGAAGAUGUUACAUCAAGAACAAUUUCAUCGCUGCAAAAAGCAGUUGAAGAGCUUGUUACUGCAGUUGACGAGCUUAAGAAGGAGAACGAGAUUCUUAAAGGCCUCAUCAAAGCCUGCUGAUUACAUGCUUGCUGAAUCCGGGAUUAUUCAACACGGUAGCUUGUAUGAAUUUCGAAUCUAUUGCUUCCUUCCAAGAGCUCUAGGAUGCUUUUUUUUGGCUGAUCUGAUAUGAUAGAUGAAUCUGCUUCAAUAAUAAUAACUUUAGAAAUC